AAAAUCUAUUCAAAAUUUGUAAUAUUAAUUAUAUAAUGAAUCAUUGUGGUGAUUACUUUCAACUCUCUGACACUGACAACCAGAAUAUACAAGCCAUAAAAAAUAAAUGGCGAUUCUAGAGUAACUCUAUGCAUGGGCAACCAUAAUUAAAAAUAUAAUUUGAAGAAUAACGUCAAAGAUCAUUUCAAUUGCCUGAUGUUUUUAUGACAACCAGAUAAAAUUAACAUAAAGUUUAACAUAAUCAUAAGACUUAGUAAUCAUUUCAUGAAAUUCCUAAAAAGUUUAGAAAAGGUAGUAAAAUAAGCUUAAGCAGUCUCGAAGUUUCUCCAAAAAUUCUUCUGUAAAAUAAAAGUAGAGAUGAGAAAUUUAAAGAAUUAUAAGAUUUACAAUAGAGUUAUUCUUAAUAUAAGUAUAUCAUUUAUAAUUAUUUUGAACAGAAAAUAAUUUCAUAAAGUUAAGAAUUAGCAAUAGCCUGAAAAAUAGAGUACACCAUUGACUUCAUAACAAGAAUCAUUAUUUAUUUACAAUGGUGUUAAGCUACCAUAUAGUUUAUACAUGAUAAAUAGGAAUAGAUAAUUGGCUAUUAAUAAUCUAAUGUAAAAUGCAAAUCCUCAAGUGUAAGAAUAAUCUAAAUAACAAAUUGAGAUGAUAAAUAAUUAAAUAAAAAAAGUUCGUAAUAUUGGCUCAUAUUUAAGGAAGUGAACAUUAGAAUAGACAGAAAGUGAAAGAGUACAAAAGUCGAUCUUUUUUGUUUAAUGCUUAUUAUUCAAUGUUGUGUGUAAACUAAGACUCCAAGAAGCGUUUAAAGAAGAUUAUCUAGGGUAAAUUUCCUAUGGAGUCUAGAUUCCAGCAAUUAUGA